AUGUCCACCGUGGCGGACAUUCUCGGGCCUCCUGUGGGCCGCCUCGGGGCAGCCGCCGCGUACGACCCGGGCCACAACCUGCUGUUUACCCUCGGCGUGCAACACUACAGCAAGAUGAACUUCCAGAUGGGCGACGCCUUGGGCGAGCAGGGCAAGUAUUGCAACCCGUACGUGGCGCCCGGCAUCCUGCCUUAUUGCUGGACGUGGCCGGGCACGAAGGGCUUCGUCCGCGCCUACAACGCCACCUCCGGCAACAGGAAGUGGGAGACCAGCACGGCGGAGCCGCCGGCCUCCGCCACCAGCGGCCAGGUCAAGACCGCGACGCCCGGGGUCAUGGCCACGCGCCUGGUGGUCACCAUGGGCUUCAACUGCCACCACAACUCGCCCACGCAGAUCUGGGUGCUCGACCCGCACAACGGGCACGUCCGGUGGGAGCGGGACGGGCCGACGCUGUGGAGCGCGUACUGCGCGGGCGACCGGGAGGGCGCCGACAUCCGCAGGGUCAUGGGCGGCCGUGCGGCUUGCACGCCGAACAGCUGGUCCGCACCGGUGCUGGACUCGGAGGGUAACGUUUUCGUUGGCAAUCAGGUCGGCGUGCUGCAGAAGUGGGGAUCGCCGUCCGGGAGGACCGUCGACGUCCAGCUCCUGUCGUCCCUGACCACCGGCGUAGCCUUCCAGGACUCAGCCAUCGCGUUCGGCGAUGGCAUCAUGGCCGUGUCCACCUGCACCUCCCUCAUUGUCUUCCAGACCAACUCGACCGACUGA